GUAAUGUACUGACUGAAUCUUUGAAGACCUUCACGGCAAAACGAUGAAGCUUAUAUCCAAUUACAACGUUUUGUUUAUAUCCAUAUUUAUUCACGCACUCUGUGUUCAAGGGCUGGAGGAUUGCAGAAGUGGGAUGUAUCCACCUAAAGGACCAACGUAUAGAGGCAACGUGACCUGGUACACAUUAAAUCUUGAUUUGCCCCCUAGUGAGAGAUGGACACAAGUGAUCAAAGAUAAAAACACAGAGUUGAUCGAAAUGGUACAGACAAUAAAAGACAUGGCCAAGGGAUUUUUCCAUGGAAAACUUAUUAAUUUGGUGGAUAAGGAGCUGCCUUUGAUUGUGGACACGCUUCCAUACCCUUUUAAUGAAGAAAUAAAGGGAAUAGCAGCAGUUUCUGGCAUACCUUUGGGAGAGAUUGUACUGUUCAAUAUCUUUUAUGAGGUUUUCACAGUUUGCACAUCACUUGUUGCAGAAGACCUUAAUGGAAAUAUUUAUCAUGGCCGCAAUUUAGACUUUGGACUGUUUAUGGGGUGGGAUCGACAGAAUAAAACCUGGACGUUAACAGAGAAGCUUAAGCCUCUUGUGGUGAACGUCAAUUUCGAAAGGAAAAACCAAACAGUCUUUAAAUCGACAAAUUUUGCUGGAUAUGUUGGCAUGCUCACUGGAAUUAGACCUGGUGAACUGACUCUAACAAUGAAUGAACGCUUCGAUUUUGAUGGGGGAUAUAUAGGGAUCCUGGACUGGAUUUUUGGCAAUAGAGAUGGAAUGUGGACGGGUUUUCUUACUCGCAGAGUUCUGGAAAAUUCUACCAGUUAUGAAGAUGCCAAAGACCAGCUUUCUCAGACAAAACUGCUGGCACCAGUUUACUUCAUCUUGGGUGGUAACCGGACGGGUCAGGGUUGUGUAAUUACCAGGACAAGAAUAAACACGUUAGACAUCUGGGAACUUGAUUUGAUGCUUGGGAGGUGGUACGUCUUGGAAACAAACUACGAUCACUGGGAUAAGCCUAUGUUCUUGGAUGACCGCCGAACACCGGCAAUGAAGUGCAUGAAUCAAACCACACAAGCAAACAUUUCUCUGGCAUCAAUAUAUAAUGUUCUGUCAACAAAACCUGUUCUUAAUAAGUUGACAACAUAUACCUCACUGAUGGAAGUGUCAACUGGAACACUGGAGUCUUAUGUCAGAGACUGUCCAAAUCCAUGCACACCAUGGUAAUCUGCCAUCAACUCUGAACAAACUGAAACCAAUGGCUUUACUGCAAUUAAAGGACCAAAGUCUAGGAAAGAGCACGUUUAAAAUCGUAAUGGUUGAAUUCUACCUCUGAACUUUUACAUAUCUCUUCGUGGACACAUUUGUCACUUUAUCAACUCUUGUGCCAUUGUGAAAAACAUAAAUGUUUGUGUUGCAUAACAAAUUGAAACAUUUUAAAUGUUUUUUUUGUUGUUGUUUUUGUUGUUUGAGAUGUAAACAACAAAUCCAUUCAAGUGUUGCUUUAUCUUUAGGAUUUUUAUAAUAUAAUUAAUUUUUUGUCACACUGAGGACUGUAUUUUUGUACUUUAUAAUGGCAUUGUAGGCAUUUCUUUUGUGUUGAAAAUAUAAAUCCUUGUGUGAGUAUGACUAACAUUAGUCCUUAUUUUCAGAGAUAGUUACAGUAAGUAUAAAACUGUUAUGUAAUACUAUAAUGCAGUUUUGCGUCAGUAAAGGCAAUAUUUACAUGACUUUGCCAUGCGUAUUGUAAUUAAGGACAGCCUGAAAUAUAUUAUUAUGCGCACUAUUAUGACGUAUAUAUCUGACUCUGCCGACUGAUUGAUUGGAUUGAAAGAUGAUUGUUGUGUGUAACUGGUCAGUCCCAUUUGAGUGACAGAUUUCUGGUACAUCGGUAAACGUUAUUAAAGAUAAAGCAAAAAAGUGAAGUUAUUUUAGAAUAAUAAUUUUUACUGAUGCAGACCAGAUACAUUUUCUUCUACGACUAAAGUUAUUCAGUAACAUUAGUUUAAUUCACUGUAUAAAGCGAUUGGUUGACUUCACCUAAAGGCGUAGUUCCCCUUAAAACUGAAAGUUUUGUCAUCAUUUGCUCAAACUUGUUUCAAAUAUAGAUUUUUCUUUCUUCUGUUGAAAAUUAAAGAGAAUUUAAAGAAAGCUGGAAACCUGUAACCACUGACUUC